GUUCGUUCUUUCCUUUCCACUUUUUUUUUUUUGGCUCCUUCCAACCCUCCACCAAAACCACCUUUACAUAAAUGCAACAUUACCCUCAGGGGCCACCCAUGGGCCAGCCACCACCCAACAUGAUGCCUCAACAAGCAAUGGCAGGGCAGUCUGUUCAAUACAGAAAGCGCUCUAAUGAAACAGAUUCGUUGGCAAAGCACAUCAAGUGAGUCAAUCUGAACAAAAAAUACGAUCCUUUGACUUUUUGUAUAAGGACGCGUUCAUUGCGUUCGUCAAUCAUAUAAUUACUUGGAAAUUAAUUAAGACCAUCACACGGUACUUAGAAAAAAGCGUCCUACAGAUCGCAACAUGCCACCCAAAAUUGAAGCCUUUGUACCGGAAUCGAAAUUAUAUACAGAAUUGAACGAAUUUGAGAAAAAGCUAGACGCUACAAUCAUGAGAAAACGUUUGGACGUUCAAGAAGCUUUGGGCAAGCCCACCAAGGUCAAACGAACGUUACGUAUUUUUGUAUCCAACACAUCCUCUGAUCAAGCACCAACACAACAAAAUACCGAAGAUGAAAACUAUGAUUUCAAUAGUGGUAAUCCACCGUCGUGGACACUCAAGAUCGAGGGCAGACUUUUGGAUCCUCCAAUUCCUACCAAAAAAGCACAACCAGUUCAAAAAUUCACGUCGUUUUUCCGGUCGAUUUGCAUUGAGCUUGAUCGGGAUCCUAAGCUUUAUCCAGAAGGCAACACAGUCGAGUGGCACAAACAACCCAACAGCCCUGAACACGAUGGUGUCGAAGUGAGCCGACGAGGAGAUGUAAAUGUAAAAGCACGGAUCAUUUUGGAUCCCGAGUAUAUGCCGCAAAAGUUCAAGUUGGACGCACCAUUAUCAGAGCUCCUCGACAUGAAAUUGGAAACAAAGCCUCAAAUUGUAAUGGGUAUUUGGAACUAUAUCAAACACCACAAAUUACAAGAUGCCGAGGAUAAACGAGUGAUCCAUUGUGAUGCUCGUAUGCAAGAGCUCUUCAACGCACCACAAUUACACUUUUCACACAUACCAGAACUUAUCAACAGUCAUUUGGCACGGCCGGAUCCUAUUGUCAUCAACUACACCAUUCGGGUCGAUAAGGAAUUCCAUCAAUCUUCACAGGCUUUUGAUGUCGAUGUUGAGCUUGACAGCGUUGUUCGUCAAAAAAUGAUGAACUUGGUUUCAUCAACACAAUUACAAAAGGAAAUCAUGGGUCUGGAUGAUAAGAUUGUUCAAUGUGUACAAAGCAUCAACAACUCCAAGAUCAAGCGCGACUUUUUAAUGCAAUUUGCACAGAACCCUGUCGAGUUUAUUAACAAAUGGAUUGCAAGCCAAGCAAGAGAUCUCGAAGUCAUCCUCGGCGAGAGUAAGAUCAAUUUGGAAGAAAUGAGACAAACUGACUUUUACAAGCAACCAUGGGUCAAGGAAGCCGUGUUCCACUAUCUUACCGCCAAGGUUCAGCAACGUAUGCAAGAGCUAUUGAAUGCUCAACGAGGAGCUGGUGGUCCUCAGUAGUGGCAAAUCCUCCCCCCCCCCACCUCCUUCCCUCUGUUUCUCACAAAAACAUACCGUCUUUUAUAUGACAUGUAUGCAUGCACUCAAUAAACUCUGUCCUGGUUUUUUUUCGUUCCUCACACAUUAUAUAUUAUACACGAAUGUACUGGGAAAAUGUUGUAAAUCUCUAUAAAUUUGCUUACGGG